UUCCAAAUUAAGGUAGGACCCGCUUCUUUUUGUCUAUCUUACUCAAAACAUACCAUCAGUGAUUCAUUUCAAUUUCAUUUAUCAAAAAUGGUGGCGGUGAACGCAGUUGAUCUUUUGAAGAAGGAAAUACCAGUGGAGGAAGAGUCAGUAUGCAUACAUGAUGGUGUCAUCACUGCACUUGUUCUUGUAGAUAUCAUCAAUGGCUUCUGCACCCUUGGAGCUGGAAAUCUGGCACCCAGAGAGCCAAAUGACAAGAUGCUGGAAAUGAUCGAAGAAGCUGUGAAACUGUCAAAGGUUUUUUGUGAGAAGAAAUGGCCAGUUCUUGCGUUUUUAGAUACGCAUCAGCCUGGAAAACUCGAACAUCCUUAUCCUUCUCACUGUCUUGCAGGCUCUCAUGAAUCUGAUUUGGUUCCUGCUCUACAGUGGUUGGAGAAAGAGUCAAAUGUAACCAUCAGGCGCAAAGACUGUUACGAUGGAUAUAUAGGUUCCAUGGAAGAAGAUGGUUCAAAUGUAUUUGUUGACUGGGUCAAAAACAAUAACAUCCAAACAUUAUUGGUGGCAGGAGUAUGCACCGACAUAUGUGUGCUUGAUUUUGUGUGCUCCACGUUAUCAGCAAGAAACCGCGGUUUUCUUCCACCAUUGAAAGACGUGGUGGUGUAUUCCCGUGGUUGUGCCACCUUUGAUUUCCCGGAGUCGGCUGCAAGAGAGACUAAGGAUGCCCUGACUCAUCCCCAGGAGAUAAUGCAGCAUAUGGGUUUGUACAUGGCUAAAGGAAGAGGAGCAAAAAUAGCAAAGGAUGUGUCUUUUGGUGCACUAAAGUAAAAUGAAACCAAUAUUAAUAGUAAUCUACUUUGUGUAAUAAACAUAUUAAGAAAGCUUGCAUCACUAAUGUUUGUAAGAUAUAUGUUUCAAGUGUGUUAGUUCAACCACUUUUGACAUAAUUUCAAUGCAACUUCUGUUUUGUUUUCU